GAGGGGGGCGGGCCCCAAUCCGGUUCCAUCCGGUUCUCCCACCGCCCCCGCGGCGGGUCGCAGCAGACCGUGCGGCGGCGGCUCCGUGACAGGUUCGGCCUCGCACGCGCCUCCCAUCCAGCGCCGCCAAGAUGCCCAAGAGGAAGGUUAACGCGGACGGAGCGGCGAAGGCGGAGCCCAAGCGCCGCUCCGCGAGGCUGUCGGCCAAGCCCGCCCCUGCCAAGGUGGACGCGAAGCCGAAAAAGGCCGCGGGAAAGGAUAAGUCAUCGGAUAAAAAAGUGCAAGCAAAAGGGAAGCGGGGAGCAAAGGGCAAACAAGCUGAAGUGGCCGACCAGCAAACCACGGAUCUGCCCGCAGAGAACGGAGAGACCGAGAACCAGAGUCCAGCCUCUGAAGGAGAAGAGAAAGAAGCCAAGUCCGACUAACCAUCCAUCAUGUCUGUCAGUGUCCCUGCCUCCCUUCUUGUACAAUCCAGAGGAAUAUUUUUAUCGACUAUUUUGUAAAUGCGAGUUUUUUAGUAGCUCUAGAAACAUUUUUAAAAGGUGGGGAGAAAUCCUGCCUCAUCCCAUUUUUUAAGUGU